GCAGAGCGGAUCGGUGUCCGCUUCCGACUACCCAAGGCACUGCCCUUGAUCCUAGAUCGCUAGAUCGUUUUAGACUCAGUUAGAUCGCAGUGUGGUGUGUAACAUGAGUGAAGUGACUAACACAAAACCGGAUAGCUCCUUCGGGAUGCGACACGUGAUCAUUUUCCUGCUGUUUCUCUCCACCGUGACGUCGUACGCGACGAGGGUCAGCAUGAGCCUGGCCAUCGUGGCCAUGACUAAGCCGAACAAGUAUGACUUUCCGGUGUUCGCAUGGGAGCAGGGCAUUCGGGAUACAAUUCUCUCCUCAUUCUUCUGGGGCUACAUAGUGCUGCAGAUCCCAUCGGGCUUGCUAGCCGGCAGAUUUGGCGGGAAAAUGCUUGUUCUAGUGUCCAUGGUGCUGACGGGGAUUGUCAAUCUGUUCACUCCUUUAUUGGCAACUAAGGGAGACUGGAUAGCGGUAUGUGCGUGUAGGAUCCUCAUGGGCUUGUCCCAAGGUAUGCUGUAUCCGAGCAUUCAUGGACUGAUCGGACAAUGGUCACCAUUGUCAGAGAGGAGCAGAAUGGGAACCAUUGUAUAUUCUGGCUCCCAGCUUGGUACCAUAAUCGAAAUGGUGGUCGCCGGUUGGCUAUCUGAGAGCAGAUGGGGCUGGCCAUCAGUGUUCUACGUCGCUGGUGUCACGUGUCUCGUAUUUUCUGUCCUCUGGUUCAUAUUCGGCGCAUCAACCCCUGGCACCUCCAGGUGGAUAUCGAAGGAAGAAAAAAAAUUCAUUGAACUCAGCGCUGGAGCUACUGAUAUCAAUCAAUCGAAGAAAAUGCCUACACCAUGGAAGAAAAUUUGGACAUCAUUACCGUUCUGGGCGAUCUUGCUUGCUCACUGUGGCCAAAGUUUAGGAUUCUGGACGCUUCUAACUGAAAUGCCUUCGUACAUGGACAAAGUUCUGGGUGUUGCUAUUAAAGAUAAUGGAAUCUACUCGGCAUUACCAUACGCUGCUAUGUAUAUUCUCAGUUUUGUGUUCAGUUGGAGCGCUGAUUUUCUUUUGAACAGAAAUAUGUUAAGCCACGGUGCUACAAGGAAAAUAUUUAAUACUAUUUCGUUUUGGGGUCCAGCAAUAGCUCUUCUAGGUCUCUCGUAUAUACCGGCUGGUCAUGUACCUCUCGCGGUUGCGAUGCUGACAGUCACUGUGGGUCUUAAUGGCGCCCAUUACGUGGGUUUCUUGAUUUCCCAUAUCGACCUGUCUCCGAACUUCGCCAGCACCCUGAUGGGCAUCACCAACGGCUGCGGAAACAUUUUCUCUAUCAUGGCUCCCUUGAGUGUGACGCUUGUCGUUCAAGAUGAAACAAGUGCAUCAGAAUGGCGGAAGGUCUUCUUCAUCUCAAUCGCGUUCUACUUCUUGAGCAAUCUCUUCUUUAUUCUAUUCUUCUCCGGAAAUGUUCAACCCUGGAAUGAACCGAAACCUACGGCUACCAUUGAGGAUGGCGUGAAACAUAAAGAAAAAGAGGAAAAACAACAGUCCAGCGACAAAGAGGCUAGCGGGGAACAUAAAUUCUGAUUGAAAAGAUUCCAUCAAACCGCUCAAAACUAGUCAAUAUUUAUGUACAAAGGAACAACUAAUAUUAUGCUUAGAUGAUUCCAAUUUUCUAGUAUACUAUUUAAUAUUAUGUAUACUGACACUGUUAGACAAUUUGUAAUGAAUUAUACCGAAACGAGUCAUCGAAAUAGCGAAUUACCUUAAUUGUGUAAAUACUUGUGAUAAAAUAAAUAUAAAGCUAUAUAGAAAUAGUUUAAACUCGGUCUUUCGCGCGACUGCACCAUUUUCUGCAUAUAGGAAACUUCAAAACUAAGACUUUCUCUACUUAAGACGUAUGAACCCUAAACGGCUAGGUUGGAACGCAUAUGUACUAGCUUUUGUACCUCAUAUACGGAUAUAUAUUUAACGAAUAAAUCCAGUUUCUACUUCGGUAUGCAAUUAACUAUUUUAGGAUAUAAUAUUAGUUUUGGAUUUAACUCUUAUUAAGGUACUUAUGUAUUACAAUUCAUUCGAAAUGAUCGAACAUGUUUCAAAAGAAUUACGAAAUUUUACAGACGAAGAUAUAAUAUAUCUAUAUAUAAAUAAUCGACUGUGAUGUUUGUGCAAUAAAUACUUUAAGUUAUUUAUUCG